UUCUCCUCAAGUCACGGAAAAGAUGAAUGAAGCUGAAGAGAGAGACAUUGUGAUUGUGGGUGGGGGCAUCUGUGGCCUUGCCACGGCUCUUGCUCUACACAGGAAGGGCAUUAGGAGUUUGGUCUUGGAGAGAUCGGAGGGUUUGCGUGCAACCGGAGCGGCCUUGACCAUUCGAGCCAAUGGAUGGCGCGCCUUGGAUCAUCUUGGACUAGGAUCAGUGCUCCGAAAAGACUCGUUUCAUAUUGAUGGGUGCGGAAUCAUGAAAGUCGAUCGAGGAACAAAGCUGGAAAAAUUGCCACUAAGCAAGGGGGAAGCACGGUGCAUAAAACGGAGUGAUCUUGUUGAAGCUUUGGCUAAGGAUCUGCCUCAAGGCACGGUUCGCUUCGGAUGCCAUGUGAUCUCAGUGAAACUGGACCCAGUGACAUCUUCUGCAGUUCUAGAACUUCACAAUGGGUUUGUCAUAAAGGCCAAGGUUCUGAUAGGAUGUGAUGGGGUAAAUUCCGCUGUUUUGAAAUAUCUUCACAUGAACCCAACAAAGUUUUCUGCUACAUCUGCAAUUCGAGGUUUCACGAGCUAUCCAGAAGGUCAUGAAUUCGAAAACCUCUUUAUAAUUGCAAGAAAAGAGCAAGUUUUGCUUGGACGAGUACCUGUCAACGACACAUUGGUCUAUUGGUUCGUAACUCGCCUUUGGACAUCUAUAGAUUCAAAGAUAUCAGAGAACCAACAGUUGAUUAAAAUGUCAAGCCUCGAAACAAUCAAGGAUUUCCCAGAAGAUAUGAAAGAGAUGAUAAAGAACAGCGACCGAAGUUCGUUAUCUUGCUUGAGAUUCAGAUACCGCGCCCCGUGGGAUUUAAUGCUAGGAAGCUUCAGUAAAGGAACCGUAACAGUAGCAGGCGACGCAUUACACGCUAUGAGUCCGUUCAUAGGCCAAGGUGGCUCGGCGAGUCUAGAAGAUGCAGUAGUCCUUGCGAGAUGUUUGGCACAGAAAAUUUUGGAAUCCGACAGAAACACGAUAUCUGAUAAGUGUGCUAUGGACAAAUAUGAGGAGGCGCUCAAUCAAUACGGGAAGGAAAGGAGAAUGAGGCUAAUCAAACUGUCCACGCAAUCUUAUCUUCAGAACAAGAUGUUCGAAACUUCGUCCAUGGUUGUAAAGCUCUUUUGUAUUGUCAUUUUGGCCGUCUUCUUCAGGGAUUCAGUAGCUCAUAGUCAGUUCGACUGUGGCCACCUUUAAUAGUAUCGGGCCGGUCACAGCUCGUGUCUCUAGUCUGAGUUACAAGAGGGACCAGUUG